AUGCAGACAAAUUCGCCUCUCGAGACAAUCAAGCCAUCUGAACUUUUAAGCAAUGAAGCCGCCAGUAAUGAAGCCGCCAGCAAUGCAGAAGACAGCAAUGCAGAAGACAGCAAUGCAGAAGACAGCAAUGCAGAAGACAGCAAUGCAGAAGACAGCAAUGCAGAAGACAGCAAUGCAGAAGACAGCGGUGAAGAAGAUAGGCAGUCAUUCUCCGAAGUUCUGGCUUCGAUACGGCAAGAGAAUAUUGUCCCUUUUUGUAUAAAAAUUCGUGAGCGCAUCGAGCCGUCAUUCGGCAAACAAUUCAUUCCAUCUCAGAGGCUAAACGUUACUCUCGAGCCAAACCUUUUUGGAUCUUAUCAUACUCUUUUUCUAAUCAAAUUUCAAGACAAUGUUCGCUGGAUUCUUAAGGUUCCUGCCGUUGGAACAAAAGAACAUUUCAAUUCUACAUCCGCCGCUGCCCUCAGAUCGGAGGCCUUGACCAUGCGUCUUAUUCGAAGAAGCACGUCAAUACCCGUCCCAGAAAUCUUUUCUUUCAACUCCUCCCUCGAUAAUGAUCUAGGAGUUCCCUUUAUCCUUAUGAGUUUCGCAGACGGGGCUUCAGCGUAUGAGGUCUGGUUUGACAAGUCCAUCGCCACGAAUGAGCUACAGGCUCGUAGAACGCAGCUUUUGGAAGAUCUGGCAGCAGCCAUGAUCCAGCUAGAUCGGUUUGCUUUCAAAACUGGAGGUGCACCAGUUUUUGGUGAAGAUGGCGACAUCACAGAAAUUGGUCCUAUGAGAUGUACUGACCAUCAGCGCAUGCUCGAACGAUUGGAUACAAAUGACGACGAUGAAACGCCAUUGUACUACACUGCUGGCCCCUUUAUCUCCCCCCGUGCAUUCUACCGGCAUGCUAUUGACAGGGAAGAGCCACCCUCCAGUCCUGUGCACCAAGGUAUCCGGAAGCUACUUGAGCUAUUUAUCGACUGGAUUCCUGAUCUCCAAGCCGAGACACCAUUCGUCCUUACGCAUCCGGACUUUAACUUUCAAAAUAUCCUUGUUUCCCCACAAGGCCGACUGCAAAGCCUAAUUGACUGGGAUGGUGUUACAGUUGUGCCUCGCAGCAUUGGAAAUGAAACACUACCUUCAUUCCUUACUCGGGAUUGGGAUCCGGCCAUGUACGCAUGGAACGAAGACAUGGAGCGCGGUAUCGAGCCCACUGGACUGUGGGAAGAUUCACCAGACACCUUGCAACGGUAUCGUCGGACUUAUCAAGAGCUAUUCAAAGCUCAAUCUUCUUCUACAUUAGACACUGACCCCUCCAUGACAAAGCUCUCGCUAUAUGUGCAGAACUUGGUUAUUGCUGCUGAAGACAUUAUCUGUCGAUAUGAAAUUGUUAAUAAGUUUAUGGAAGAAAUCUUACCAUUAUCACUUAGUCUAGCUAAGGUCGAGGAAAGGGAGAAGCUCGCGGAAAACUUCAACGUGUUUGAUAUAUCGUCUAGCCUUGUAGAUGGCACCCUUGAGGAGAGGUCUAUUGACCUCCUUCGAAGAGGCUUCGAAGCUCUACUACGCCAAGCAUAG